UAGAAUUAGCGUCAAUAUUCAUGAUGGUUCUCCAAACUCAACUUGGAUUGAACAAGCACCAAUCCUACGCUCACGAGCAAAACUACUAUUCCGACAACAGCCAUGGCGGCUCUAUUCAAAUGACAAGGCCAUCGGGUUAUUCCACCAUGCCAUAUGGUCAAUCCACUCACAAUCGCAUGAUGAUGGGCCAUGGUGGCCAACACCAAGGCGGAUAUUACGGUGGUCAUAGCCAUGGCCAUGGCGGUCACUAUGGGGCUAACAGUAGUCAUGGACAUCAUGGGGCGCAUUUGCCCCAUGACUCCAUUAACUUUUCAAGCAACACCACUAUGGUCCAUGGUAAUGGUGGUUAUGGUAGUGGAAUGCAGCAAUCUGCAGAGGCCAUGGGCAUGGGAUCGACAAACUAUCAUGGUCAUGGUUAUGGUGGCAGCCACCCUAGUCACUACAAUCAGAGCCAGAAGUUCAACUGGGCUCUUAAGGAUUUGGAGGAAUAAAUUUACAAUAAAUUUGAUGCUAUCAUGUAUGGUUAAAAUAUGUAUGUCUUUUGGUAGUGGC